CAUGCUGUGCUAAGUCGUACAACGUUAAACUCUUAUAAUAUUAUUUGUUCGCCUUAGAGUUUAGACUAAAUUUAAUAUUGCUUAGUAAUGGUUCGUGAAGACGGAGAUAACCGCAGGGCAUUUCGUUUUACCGUCAGACUCACGUUUUUCCUUCGUUUGAUACGACUGCGUCGAACAUAUGUGUGCUGUAUGAAGGCGCAUUUAGUACCCUAGUAAUCAAAAACUUUUCCAGCAGCUGCUGACUAAAAACUUCUCCGAGAUCGCUGCAUUAUUCGAAAAUAUUCGGCUUUUGGAGUACUUGGCUAACCUGAGCUACAUUCUGUGGACUGCAUAAACUAAAAUUAAUCAAAAAUGGUUGCCGGUGCACAAUCAAAAGCCCUUACGAAAGGAUCACCGUAUCCCGAAAAAGCCAAGGAGAACUUGCGUCUUUUUAGCGGACGAUUUUGCCCGUUUGCCCAUCGUACACGGCUUGCGCUUAACCACAAGCAACUCCCAUACGAAAUCGUGAACGUCGACCUUAAAGAGAAACCAGAAUGGUAUUCUAAAAUCAGUCCACUGGGCAAAGUUCCGCUGCUAGAGGAGGCGGAGGAGCGCCGCACGGCUGAAAGUCUUAUUAUUGUGGAGUAUUUGGACGAUAAGUACCCCGACAAAAACCCAACACUUUCUACCGAUCCACUAAAGCGCGCGCAGCAGAAGAUGGUUGUGGAAGUAAUCACUUCCAAGAUAAUGGGACCGCAUCAGCAGACAAUUUUAAAGGGCGAGCCGGAGAACAAGGAAGCGCUAUUGAAAGCACUGGACGAAAUUGAGCAGAUAUUCCUGAAAUCUUACAGCGGGCUCGAACCAAUUUCUUUUGUGGACCUAAUGAUUUGGCCCUGGUUCGAACGAUUGCCGGCUAUUGAACAGCUGCGAAAUAUGCAGUUCCCCCGUGAACGCUUCCCCGCCAUUAUGGGCUGGUGUGAUCGGAUGCGGCAAGAGCCAUCAGUACAGAGCAGCGCUCAACCUACGGAAGUGCAUUUGGAGUGGUACAAAACACGAAAUCCUAAUGUCGGUUUGUAAUAAACAUUUUUUUAGAAAUACAGAAAUUUUGCCCAUGCAUUUCAUUAAACAGAAUAAUCGUGUCAACGAUCCUUUGCACUGCACGGUUAGUUUGUGAUCAGUCACAUCCCAUAGAACUGAUAGAAGUAUGCAUGUACAUUGUACACAGCAUCUGUACCUGCACAUUGCCGUAAAGGUUGAGUAAAACAGAUUUCGCUAUAAACUUUGCAUAGAAAUUUCCUUAUGUGAGACGCCUGGUGAGCCAAAAACAAUAUUGGCAUGAUAUCUUUCAAUCAUUAUCUGUCUAACAGUAAUUAUAACUGUCAAGUAAGAUUUAAUAUCCCUUGGUAAAAUAAAUUCGACG